UAUAAAAGUAAAUAAAGUUUAUUUACAAAUAACACUUAAAAAGCAUGCAUUGUCUUCAUAAAACUAUUAAAAAAUCGUAGGUUUCUAUUGUAAUUAAGUUUAUCCAAGCUCCUGUGUCGAACAAUCCUUAAAAUGUCCACCGCGGACUUUGUACCGAUUCAAACCAAAGCCUCGUUGAUGCGGAAACGACCCCAGCAAGAUGACUUCCAGGUAACGGUGUUCGAACCGAAGAAAGCAAAAGCGAACCGGCCGAAAUUCGUCAAGCCAAAACCGGAAUCCGGCGAUAAAACCGACGAGGAGGCGGAAGAGGAAGACAUCGACGAUAUCUUUUCCGAAGCCCGACGCCGGAAACGAAAGGCCAAAAAAGAGGACCCACAGGUGUUCGAUAUAAGCCGAGCCCGGAAGGAAGUCAUCAACUACGGCAUCUCCGGAUUGGACCGGGAAACGAAGCUCGAAGCCAAGGUUGCCCUGGCCGUUAAGCUGGGAGCGAAACCGCCGAAGAAUGCCUACCGGAACUACAAGGAAAUCCUGGAGGAACGACGGCGGGAAAAGACGGAAACCGAUCGGGAGAGUCGACGCCGGAAGGGGCAGAGCUACGGAGCGGCACGGUCCUACCAGCAGCAGAAACAACGGGCCCGGGAGAAGGCCAGCAAUCCGAACAGCGUGACGCGCCAUUACGGGGUGGUCAAGCCGAAGAUGGACGACCGGAAAAAGAGGAAGGCGAAAUAAAUGAGUGAGUUUUCGAUUUGAGACGA